AUGCUGGAUCGAAGCGUGGGACUACCGUCCCGCGCGUACCACGACGAGAUAUAUUCCCGACAAUCGUUCAAAUUACUACAACAUCCACCUUCAACAAGUAAUUAUAUCUUUCGUGAGGGAAUGCGCGUUUGGAGCAUGUCAUUAGAUCCAGUGGAGCAGCGUUUUCUAUUAGUUGGGACUUCUCGGUCCCAACUUUUGGUAUUUGAUUUGUAUACACUCGAUGAAGUCAAUGCAAUGGAUACCCCUAUCUAUUCCGUUACCAAUCCAUUUGACCCAAUUUGUGUAACCCAAGCCAAAAUUGCGUCAACAGAAUGUUUGCAAUUUGGAAUCACUAUGGUUGAUUGGUACCCUGUGGACAGUGGGUUAUGCCUUUCAAGUUCCUUGGAUAACCAUGUUAUCAUCUGGGAUUUCGAAACUUUUACUUGUGUGAGUUCAUUUAAUUUAAAUAGUAAAGUUUUUGGAGCAAAGUUCUCGCUUGGUAGUACAACAAAUUCAAUAAUUGGUGCUGUAACUUCGAAAGGAGAAGUUCGACUUAUUGAUAUGGAGAGUGGAACCACAGCACAUACUUUAUUUGGUCAUCAAGAUGAAAUUUGGACUUUAGAUUGGUCUCCAACAAGUGAAUUUGUACUUUGCACCGGUUCAAAAGAUGGUGAAUUACGUCUUUGGGAUAUUCGACGAUCAGGAGCAACAGCGUGUUUAUUGUGUUUGAAUCAUGAAGGCAAAGCUAAUGUACCAGGUCGAUCAAGUUUGUAUACAAAUGUGAAAAAUGAAAAUCCCAUCACAUUAUCAACUGCUGCUAAAGCGAGGAAAAGAACAAGAGUGGAUGGAGCAGAUAUUAUAGAAGCCAGAGAUAGACAACGAGCUCGAACGAAUAUUCAGGAGAAAUUAAACAUUUUAAAGCAUCACAAAAAGCGAAAUGAUCCACAUGCUGCAGCGACUUCAACGUUGGCUAUUGCACACUUGAAUGGGAUUACAAGCUUAUCAUAUACUCCAAAUGGACAAUUUCUAGUGAGUCUUGGGAUGGAUCAAAACCUUCGUUUAUGGAACUCAUCAUCAGGUGAACAUCAAUUUAUGAAUUAUGAAGGAAUACAGCAAGCACGACUACGAGCUGCAAGAAAUGUACAAAUGGCUGUAUUUCAAGAAGGAAAUGCAUGGGAGGGUACCCUUGUAAUUACUCCAAAUGGAUCGGAUGGUGCUAUAUCUUCAUAUCGAGUGUUUGGAGACAGUGGCAGACCAUUAGGGACUGCUACAGCUCAUUAUCAACAAAUUACUGCUUGUUUGUAUCGUCAAACCAUGCGUGAACUUUACUCAGCUGGUGAGGAUGGACUUAUUAUGAGGUGGAAGCCACCACCGGUUGAUUUAUAUCCUUACAAAUCUGACGACACUAUUGGUAUCAAUAAGCGAAUACCAGAGGACGAAACAAAAGCAAGUAUUGAUGCUUUUAAUGAUGAAGAUGCUUGGAGUGAGGAUGAGGGAGAAGAAACUACAGCUCAGUCAUUUAUACCUCCCAUAUUACGAGAUGAGAUAUAG